AUGUGGCCCCAGUGCCAAAUGUGCGGAGUGACACGGCGAAAUAUGCCACCAACUGGAGCUAUCCAGAUUUGCGGCGCCAUAGCUUGCCACCGUCAGUCCCACACCCUCGAUGUAGCUCUCAACGAUGAGGGUCAUGCAGGUCAAUCCCUCUACGCUGGAAUACAAGGCGGCACUCAUAGGCUCAUUUUAGGACCUCUUACCCCGUCAGCAGCACGGAGCACCAAUAUCUCAGAUGCCAAUCAAGCUCGGAUUGCCGCAACACGGACUCGCUUGAAGCAUGUAACCCAGACCACCGGGUUGGGCCCGACAACUCACCUUUCCACAGCUACUCUACAGCAACAUCAACAUGGUGGUGGUGCUCCUGGCGAGCCUAAGACAUUGUUUUGUUUUCAGGUUCGGGUCAGCAAUAACCCAAAGAAGAUCAACGAUGAUCUGGGUAGCUCAGCAAUCAAGUUUGCCAAUUCGGUUCUAAUGAUUGACGCAAAAGCUCAAAUUGUGAAGAAUAUCAACACAGAAUGGACACGUGUCCACUCUUCCCCUCUUCUAAGCGAAGAGGUUUCCUACCGCUUUGCCGGUAACCGGCUUCUCCAUUCUGAUACCCUAACGCUAAAUGUUGGCGACUUCUACGGCUACUAUAGUUCUCCAGCCAAUGCAAGUAUUUACAUCGACAAUGUGCCUAAGUUCUGGCAGCAACAAGUUGGCAAGUCGAAGCAAAAGCAUCCUGUCCUAUGCUUUGAUAUGUAUGUUGACUAUGAUGCGUACUCACGCAGAAUAAACGGGGAUGAAAAUGAUGGAUCUGUGUUGUUCACUGCCCCACAAUCGCGCAAGCGACUGCGUGCUGACUCACGGGUUGGUGGAUUGGAGCAAUCCCGACAAGUUCAAAAACGAGGUGAACAUUUUGUACUUCAUUACUUCGAGAUUGAUACCAUGAUCGCAGACUUUUCCUCAAGCUUUAACCUUAGCAGAGCCAGCCAGCGCGUGGAGCGAAGCAUGGUGACGCUCAAGAAAACAACUUGUGUGAUGGAUCCUGAAUUAGGGACACCAAUCUUCACCGUUGCUGAUCUGGAGCUAAGCGGAUAUGUUUCUAAUGUGAUCUUUGCCACUGGGACAAUGAAAGUUGCGUACGAGCUUGUUGCUCUAGAUGGAUCUCCCUACAUCCUCAAGCGCUUCUUUCGCCUUUGUGAAGAUGAUUCUGACGAUGUUGACCAGUCCAUGGUCUCGGCUGCCAAGAAUGAGAUUCAGGUCAAGGCUGAAAUCACUCGUCUCGCAUGGGGAAACUGGUUCCUCCAAGUGUUCUACAAAUAUUGCAAGACAUCCUACCCCGGUGUGAGUGUCAAUACAGAUAUUAUAUUCACCAAUGCCUUCCUCGCAAAGGAGAUUACAUCCCCAACCCCUGCAUCUGGUGUCGAAAGCAACACGGAGCGGAUAACUUGGAUUGCAGAGCCAAAACGGGCAUCAACAGUCACCAAGUUCAGUGGUACCCUCGCCCAUCGCCCCCAGCGCCGCAACAUGAGCAGCCAAACCAUAUAUGCAUUCGCUCAUUUUGUUUGGGGUCAUAGCAAUCGAUUACUUGUCUUUGCUGAUAUCCAAGGCACACCCACUCGCAUCAAGGGAAAGGAUGGCUUGGUGCUAUUUGACGUAAUGACCCACACUCUCGAUGGUGAUUCAGGUGUUGGUGAUUGUGCAAUCACCGGGAUUGAGUCCUUUCUUGAUGAUCACAGAUGCCUCGACCUUUGCAAGCAACUCGGGCUGACCGAGAUUCCUUUGGUAUUGAAGCCCACUGCAUUGAAUAGCUCUCGCCGUGCCAAGGACCCGGAAACCCAUCGAACUGACUCUGAUGGUUCAAACUUCAACGAAGCUAGCAAGAACUUCGCGGAAGAAGCAUCUGAAGAGGAUCAGCUUAGCAAGGAGUAG